AUGGCGCCACACUUCAAACGCCGGCACUUCCCGUCAUGCCCCGCGCCCCCGACUAAUCAGCGCUCACUGCCGCCGGCGCCAGCCCCUGAUGGAGCCCCGCCUUUUGCUGUGCUCCACCCAAUCCCUGCACCCCGCCCCCGACGGAGCCCCGCCUUUUGCUGUGCUCUACCCAAUCCCUGCACCCCGCCCCCGACGGAGCCCCGCCUUUUGCUGUGCUCUACCCAAUCCCUGCACCCCGCCCCCGACGGAGCCCCGCCUUUUGCUGUGCUCUACCCAAUCCCUGCACCCCGCCCCCGACGGAGCCCCGCCUUUUGCUGUGCUCCACCCAAUCCCUGCACCCCGCCCCCGACGGAGCCCCGCCUUUUGCUGUGCUCUACCCAAUCCCUGCACCCCGCCCCCGACGGAGCCCCGCCUUUUGCUGUGCUCCACCCAAUCCCUGCACCCCGCCCCCGACGGAACCCCGCCUUUUGCUGUGCUCUACCCAGUCCCUACGACCCGCUCCCGACGGAGCCCCGCCUUUUGCUGUGCUCUACCCAAUCCCUGCGCCCCACCCCCGAUGGAGCCCCGCCUUUUGUUGUGGUCUACCCAAUCCCUACGCCCCGCUUUGCCCUUUCCGGUGCGUCCCCGGGGCAUGGCUCCCCGGUUCAGUUCCGCCCCUCCCGGUGGCUGCCUGGAGCACCGCCCCUUCCGAUGCCUUCCCGGAGCCCCGGAGCCCCCCACCUCCCGGAGCAGGCCCGCCCCCGCCCCGCCCCCUCGGUUCUCAAGCGGAGGGUGAUGUAG